AUGAAGCUUAUCACAUCUUUCUUGCUUGUGUUAUCCGCACUCUUUUACUUUGUCUCUACUACUAGAGCUGCCAAGGAAUUGCCAGAAAACCCACCAUUUACCAGUAAGGUUUACUUUGAUGUCGUUGAAGAUGAUAAGCCAAUUGGUAGAAUUGUCAUUGGAUUAUUUGGUACCAUUGUUCCAAAGACUGCUGAAAACUUCAGACAAUUAGCUGUCAGUGAUGACCCAAAGUUUGGUUACCAAGGAUCCAUUUUCCACAGAAUCAUUCCAAACUUUAUGUUGCAAGGUGGUGAUUUUGAAACUGGUAAGGGAUACGGUGGUAAAUCUAUUUAUGGUGGUAAGUUUGAAGAUGAAAACUUCACCUUGAAGCACGACAGACCAUACAGAUUGUCCAUGGCUAACGCUGGUAAGAACACCAAUGGCUCUCAAUUCUUUAUCACCACUGUUGUCACCAGUUGGUUAAACAAUGCUCAUGUUGUCUUUGGUGAAGUUGUUGAAGGUUUCGAUGUUGUUGACUACAUGGAAAAGGUUAAGACUUCCAGAGGUGAUGUCCCUGUCAAGAGAUUACUGAUCAUCAAGUCUGGGGAAUUAGAAUUAGAAGCUGAAGAAGAAGUUGUCAAGGAUGAACUUUAA